AUUCCUAAAAAAUGACGGAGAUUGUAUGAUAAUUUUCUAACCCCCACGUUUGUUUACUAGUUGUUUUUCAAUGCCUUGAAACGUUUAAUUACAAAAUGUUUCUAGCAGUUUUGAAGCGCUGUUUACUGCCGUCGAAUUUGAAAGUCUUAAGGGUAGCUCGCCCUGCUACUAUAAGAAAAUUUCACGUAACUUCAGCUUUAAAACACGGCGAAUAUGAGUGGCAGGAUCCAAAGUCAGAGGAAGAGGUUGUAAAUAUUGUAUACGUAACUAAGGACGGCAAAAAACACCCAAUAAGAGGCAAGGUCGGUGACAACGUGUUGUAUCUGGCUCAUAGAUAUGGAAUCGAAAUGGAAGGAGCAUGUGAAGCAUCACUAGCAUGUACAACCUGUCACGUAUAUGUCAAUGAGAAUUAUCUCGACCAGCUACCGCCUUCCGAAGAGAAGGAAGAUGAUUUACUUGACAUGGCGCCAUUUUUGAAAGAGAAUUCUAGAUUAGGUUGUCAAAUUACACUAACCAAAGACCUGGAAGGCAUGGAACUACAACUACCAAAAGCAACAAGAAACUUCUAUGUAGACGGACAUAAGCCUACACCUCACUGAGACGAAUGUGCAUUCUUAAUAGAGUCUAUCCAAGCUAGCUCUACCUACAGCAUUUUGUCAAUAGGGGGUAUUACUGCAAUGUUCUGUCGCCAGAGUGCAGCACUAAGCUAGCUAGUAAACCAUAGAAUAACUUAUACAUACUGCACCUUAAACUGUUUUUUUGGAAAGUUUUCACAGACAAUAAAAUAUGACAUUGAUUCAUCAAGGCGGUUUGUUAACAAGGGCCUACCGGGAAACGCGAAAAUCGAAAUUUAGUUAUCUGCCUCUUUAUCGCUCGAAUAUGCAAGAGUGAUAGAGAGGUUAGAUAACGAAAUUUCAAUUUUCUUGUUUCGCGGUAGACCCCCAGAUUGUGAUGGAUAGUGGUAGUGGCGUCCCCUACGCAGAGUUUUGCGUAAUAUUUCCUAUUGAUGGAGUCGUGUCACCAUGUCUAUAGUUGUGCUGCUAUUAGGCACAAUUUGUCACUGCAUAAUUAGCUUAGACUAGUGAUGGCAAUGCAUAGUACAUAUUAUAUAAAAAACUUCCAAUUUUUUAUUUAUACAUGUUCAAUGUCAAAUAACUAAUGUGGCUUAUAGCCAGGCGGAUGCCACCAUUGCGCACAUAGCCAAUAAUAAAUAAGCAUAG